AUGGGUAUGAGGCGCGCUCUUCAGACCUUGCUGCUGUGUCUCGGCAUUACUGCAGUAGCGGCCGCAGACCGCAAGAACCUCAUCAUCGACACGGAUCUCUUCAGCGACUGCGAUGACACGUCAGCUCUCCUUCUUGCUGCUACAAGUCAAAAAGUGAAUCUGGUCGCUGUGAACAUCAACUACCCCUCUUCUUUUUCUGCCCUCGCGGCAUCCGCCAUCCUCUCUCACUACGGCCACGAUGAAGUACCCAUCGGGAUCUCAAGACCACUAAAUAAUAACACAUUUAUCGACACGCGGUCAUACGAAUUAGGCGAGUACGCGAGUAAGGUCGCAUACCAGUGGCGUUGCGAGGAUUGCGCUGUGCGGUGGAACCAUGUGGAGGAUGAUUCCUGGGAACCCGUGGCACUUUAUCGAAAGACACUUAGUGAGGCGGCGGAUGGCAGUGUCACUAUCGCCUCGAUAGGGUUCUUUGACAACCUGUCCGGCUUGCUCGACUCUCCCGCUGAUUCGUACUCGGACCUCACUGGCCGGGAGCUGAUCGAGAGAAAAGUAGCCGAAUUGGUAGUUAUGGGCGGAGGCUAUCCCACUGGACACGAGUUCAACUUCUGGGGAUAUAAUUCCUCGGCGACCGCUCAUGUCAUCAACAACUGGCAAGGCCCUCUGGUUUUCUCUGGUGCCGAGCUCGGCGGUAAUGUGUCUAGCGGCGGCGACUUUAUGGCUCGUGCCCCCCUGAGCGAUCCGGUCCGCGCGGCAUAUGUUUACUAUACGUACAACACCUCUCGCUUCUCAUGGGAUCCUCUUACCAUGCUUUAUGCUAUAGAGGGCCUUGGGGAGCUGUUCGAGUUCGGCAAUGAGGCUGGAUAUAACUUGGUGCAAGCCAACGGUUCGAACACAUGGAUCACGGACGAAAACAUCCGCAAUCAACAUUGGCUAAAAUUGAAGGUCGAUAAUACUACGGCAGCAGGGACCUUGGAUAAGAUGUGGCUUGAGGCCUCCUGGUCCUUUGCUCCCAAAGCGGAUGGAACGCCAACAUUGGAAGGAGCCUCAACCUCAGCGAGAUUUGCAACUCGGCCCAGAUUGUAUACACUACAUCAUCGCGAGGAGCUAUCGGUGGAGGUGCGUCUACCGCGGAGUAAUCCCACCCCAGUCCAAAAUGAACUCAAGGCGCACUAA